ACUACACAACAGAUCCUCUCUCUCUCUCUCUCUCUCUCUCCUCAAACUCAAAUCCUCUCUCUUCCUUCUCUCUCUCUCUUCCACCCGAUCUACACUGACGGCGAAAUUCUCAUCUGCAUUUACCUCCUCCGGUUCGUUCACGAUACCUUCUUCAUGAUCAAGAAUGUCAAAAGUCAGAGAUAGGACUGAGGAUUUUAAAGAUGCUGUAAGGCACACUGCUCUUUCUUUGGGAUAUGACGAGUCUAAAUUGGCGGCCAUUUUGGCAAAUUUUAUCAUCCACAAGCCUCGCCAAAGAUCAGCUUUCACUAGAGGUGCCCUGAAAACACUUGAGAGCAUUGGAACACUGGAACAAUUUAUGUUAAAACAUCGUAAAGAUUAUGUGGAUCUACAUCGCACUACUGAACAGGAGAGAGAUAGCAUUGAGCAUGAAGUUGGUGCCUUCAUAAAAGCAUGCCAAGAACAAAUUGACGUUCUAAAAAACAGCAUUAAUGAUGAAGAAACAACUUCAAAGGGCUGGCUUGGCAUUCAGACCAAUAAAUCAAAUGCCGAUACUGUAGCACACAAACAUGGGGUGAUUUUGAGUUUGAGUGAGAAGCUUCACUCUGUUACCUCACAGUUUGAUCAGCUAAGAGCCAUACGCUUCCAAGAAGCCAUUAGUAGAGCAACCCCAAGAAGAAAAUUUAAACCAAUUGCCAAACCAAGUUCUGAAAAUUUAUCUCAAUCAAACAAUUUUGAGCCUAGAGAAGCUGAACAAUUUCAACCUGAGCCUCUAAGACUUAAGCAACAGCUCUUGGACGACGAAACACGCGCUCUUCAGGUAGAGCUGAGUAGCCUCCUAGAUGCGGUUCAAGAAACAGAAACUAAGAUGGUCGAAAUGUCAGCAUUAAAUCAUCUCAUGGCUACUCAUGUUUUGCAACAAGCCAAACAAAUAGAACAACUAUACGAUCAGGCGGUUGAAGCUACGCACAAUGUGGAGCUUGGUAACAAAGAACUGUCUCAAGCUAUCCAGAGGAAUAGCAGCAGUAGGACCUUCCUUAUACUUUUCCUAUUUGUACUUACUUUUUCAAUUUUGUUUCUUGAUUGGUAUAGUUAGUCUUCUUCAAUCAACUAAAAAUUAUAGUUUUCUUUGUACUUAUUAUAUUGAAAAGGAAAAAAGGAAUAGGAAAUGGGAAUAUAGUCCUGAAGUUUUUGAGUUGAAAUAUACUGAAUUUUAUAUGCUGAUCAAGUGAACAAAUUGAACUCUAAAUGCCAUGCCAAUGUCAUAAAUAAUGCUCACAUUUUGUAAUUA